AUGUUAUCUUUACUGUCUUCAUCUUCAACAACAAAACAAAAUCAUCAUCAUCAUCAUCAUCAUCAAUGUACAGAAUGUCGAAAAUCAUUUGCCACUCAUAGUGGACUUAAACAACAUAUGCAUAUACAUAAAACAAUCAAACCAUAUACAUGUGAAAUUUGUUCAAAAGCUUAUACUCAAUCAUCAAAUUUAUGUCGCCAUAAACGUAUUCAUACUCGUGAAAUAAAAUGUCCAAAUUGUUUAAUAACAUUUCCAAAUGGACAAUAUUAUGUUCGACAUAAAAAAACUUGUUCAAUUAAUGAUAACAAUAAUAAUAAUAAUAAUAAUAAUAAUAAUAAUAAUAAUAAUAAUAAAUUUAAUGAAGAAAAUAAAUGUAAAGCUAUUGGUGUUGCAGCUACACAAAUGUAUCAUUCAUUAUCAAAUAAUACAACAAAAGAUAUUUUUGAUUCAUCAACACUUCCUCUUGAAGCAUGGACAAUUUUACAUAAACAAAUUUUACUACAUUUUUAUCAACAACAACAACAGCAACAACAACAACAACAUGAACAAAUAAUGUGUGAUACACCACUUGAUUUAACAAUACCAAAAAAAACAUCAAUUGAAGAUGAAUCAAAUAGUAGUAGUAUGAUAUCAGAAGAUGAUGAUGAUGAUGAAGAUGAUGAAAAACAACAUAUUGAUCAUCAUCAUCAACAACAAAAUCGUUUAAAUGGAAAUAAUUAUUAUGAAUGUGAAUUUUGUUCAAAACAAUUUCCUCGUGCUGCAAAUUUAACAAGACAUUUAAGAAGUCAUACAGGUGAACAACCUUAUACAUGUUUAAUGUGUACAAGAUCAUUUAGUAUAUCAUCAAAUUUACAAAGACAUAUUCGAAGUAUUCAUCAUAAAGAACGACCAUAUGGUUGUAAUGAAUGUGGGAAACGUUUUGGACAACAAACAAAUCUUGAUCGACAUAUGAAGAAACAUAUUAUUAAUAUAUCUCGUAUUCGAGAAUGA